AUGUUUCAGCAUGAGGACGUCAUGCAUCAGAAUGGUGAUGGCCCGCAGAAUUCUGAACCUGAAGAAAUGCCUUCAGUAGAUCAGGCAAUCCCUGCUGACAACACCAACGCCUCGGAUGAUCGCCAGCCAGAACAGGCCAGUGAAGAAGAGUCCAUGCAGAAGGUUGAGCAUGAAGAAGAGGAAUCCAUGCAGAAAGCUAUGCAUGAAGAGAAUGAGGCUGAUGGUUCUCCGGCCAUUGCUGAGCUGGUCAGUUACAUAAAGGGUAGAUUGAAUACAGCAGUGUACUACGAUAUGGUUGACUACUCACCUUUUCUCUAG